GGCAUUCUCCCACUCAACUGUCUCUUAAUUUAAAUUAAAAUAUUUUUACUUUUCAAGGUUUUCUUGGGAAAUCAUUAGCCAUAUUGUUGGCAUUUGAAAACGUACGUCUUUAUUGGUCAGGACUAAUGACGUCUGAAAACAACAUUGUUACGAUGCAGGUAUAUAAAGCUUCAUACUUGCUGUUUCUGAUCAGAACACUUCAAGACAGAGAAAAAUGUUUCAGGUGCUGGUUAUUCUCGGACUUCUUGUUGCAUUGGAAGCGGGGUAUAUAGGGAUCCCUUCUGGUCCUGUCUACUCUGGAGGCUACGGUGGUGCUUAUCAACCAGUUUAUCCUUCUAUUCCAACACCAUACACUUUCAGUUAUGUCGCCCCCGCCGAUGGUGGCUUCAGUGCUCGCCAGGAAUCUGGAGAUGGAUAUGGCAGGGUGAGAGGAUCAUACAAAGUUUCUGAUCCAGAUGGACGUUUGAGAAAGGUCCAUUACACAGCUGGCCCAGAGGGAUUCAGAGCCCACGUUUACACCAACGAACCAGGCACCAAGACCAGCAACCCUGCUGACGUCGUUAUCCAAUCUUCUGCCCCUGACCCCCCUCCAUAUUAUCCACCAAGAAUACCCUACGGUUAUGGGGGAGGACAUAAGAAAAUCAUUGUCGUUCCUGGAGGCGGCCCCUGGAAAUAUUAAUAUUUACACUGCAAUAGUUUCAUCAUUAUACGAAGAAUUAUUUGGCUUUCGGAAUAUAUUUUAAUUGAAAACACUUGUGUUAGUUAAGUGUAUGAAUACUGUCACAACGUCUUUAAUGCUCGUUUUUUCUCUUUGUUACACAAUAAUGGUUGAUCUACAUUCAUUGGUAAGUUGUUCUUUUUACUUGUUACUGCCCUGAAUAUACGAAAUGUGGAGCUCUACCUAAUCAAUGGGAUUUACUUUGACGUAUUGUGUAUAUUUGUUUGUUUGUAGCUUCAUGAUGAACUACUGAUGUUUGUAUGUAAAUAAUAUAUAUAGAUUUCAAAUAAAUCUGCUUUUAAACAAAUUCGAAUA